UUGAAUUCUACAUGUCGACUAAGGAAUCUCUGCAAAUAGCGGGGAUUCACGCUUCUAGUGACAAUGUUGCCAAGGAGCAGGAACAGCAAUACUCAUGUUUGCUGCACAAGCUGAACAUUUGUACUAAACCAGACCAUGGCUCUGAUGUUGACUACAUUAUAUUCGUGCUUCAUGGCAUCGGCACGAAUAACAGUGCUUUGUCUUCUGACUAUCGCAUGAUGCGCUAUUCCAUGGAGAGCGUCAAACGUUAUUGGUUUUAUCAGGAUACUCUAAGGACGCAUCUCCAGUUCAUUAAUUGGAAGCGCUACAUUAUAGAUGCACAGAACAUGCUUUUUGACCAUACUUACAUAUCUACUGCCAAGGACACUCGUCGUGUAUUGACGAGUCACAUAUUGGACAUUGGAUUCUAUCUUAAUUCGCGAUACUGUGACUUUAUACUUGAGAGUGUUGUCAAUGAGUUGGAGGGCGAGAUUUCACGUUUACGCCAUCAUCCGUCUGGCAGGUUUGUGAAUUCAAAAAUUGCCAUUAUUGGUUAUUCUAUGGGUUCACUUAUAUUACACGAGAUUUUGCAUGGUAACCCUGGAAGGGUGUCAAACCUUUCUUUUGAGGAGCGUCCUAGGUUGAGGAGCAAGAUUGACUACAUGUUUGCUGUUGGGAGUCCUUUAUCAUGUUUUACUAUUUUUCAAUCACCUCAGUACAUGACGUCGGGCAUGCCAUUACCUGCUGGUGUAGAAGUUUUCAAUGUAUUUCACCCCUAUGACCCAGUUGCAUACCGAUGGGAACGGCUGAUAUACAGGGAUGUACCUAACCUUCCCGAGCCUGAAAUAUUGCCAUUUUGGCAGAACAAUGGCUUCAAGAAUUGGUAUGGUUGGGAGCGUAGUGUCCAGCAGGCCAAAUCAAUGAUUGUUGAUAACAUCAGCGACGUUGCAACGUCCAUUGGCCGGAGCAUAUUCAGUUGGUGGGGAACCAAUAAGAGUAACAGCGUUCUUGUGAACAAUGUAGCUGUCCACGAUAAGCGACUGGAUGCUUUGGGUACAUUCAAGGAGAAGCUCAGGGAGAAGACAUCCACAAAACCUGAUGCGGCUAUUGCCAAUGGUGUCAUAUCACCUGGAUCCAUUGCAAUACCAUCUGAUCACCCUGGUGACGCAUUUGAAUCAACAUCGAUAAUACCCGAUGGUGAGACCUGGAUUGAGGAUGCUGAGGCCAGCGAUGCUGUCCAAGCAAUGUUCGAGGAAGAGCGCUUAUCUCAGCAAUCAUCAAGUGCAUUGCAUGACAUGAACCGUCAGUCUUCAGGUCAUCUCCCACGACGAUAUGAUUACCAGCUUCAGGAAGACAUCACUGAACACCUGUUGAGCCCUUUGGGCAUUCUGCAGUCACACACGAGUUACUGGUCUUCCAAGGAUCUUAUGUUUUUUAUACUCAAGAAGCUGAAGAAACGCCAUGCGCGUGUGUCUAUUAUGGCAUAUUUAAAGUCUAUCCGCAUUAAAUCCAAAUGGCUUGCGGAUUGCGCUGCUAACGAUGAGCUCAAGGCAAAGUUUCUUGCGUUAUCGGAGGCAGCGAGUGCCUAUGCGGACAAAGUUACGACGGAGGAUCAAAAAGCUCGGGCAGAGGCUACUAGCAAGCUUACUAACACGUGGUCCUCUCUGAUGAAAAGUUCAGAGGAGGAGGUUUUUGACGUUAACGAUCCCAUAUCUGACCCUAUAGAUUAAUUUA